AAAAAUUUAGUUGUAAUGAUUUGUUUCUCUUCGGCAUAUCUAUAUUAGAUUUUCACUCAUAGUUUUUUGUAAUUUUCUUUGACAUGAUUUUUAUUAAUUAUGCAUUUUUGUUAUUUUGUUUAGCUAAAAUCUAUACGUGUGUGCAAAUAGAUAUGGACAAUAUAACAAUUGAUGUCGCAAAAGAACAUAUACAUUACCAUGAGAAAUUGUUACCUUUGAAACUAAAUAAUGGUACUGUGUAUACUAGUGCUAAAGUUUCAGUCAAAAACUUCGAAAAAUUUGACCUAAAUGACAAAAUUGAUAAUCCUGUACCUUUGGAUGAAGAAUAUUUAGGUUCAGCUCCUCGUUUAUCAUACCGUACGCUUGCUGUUGGAAGAACCUUACGAGAAAUUACGGAUCAAGCUAUACAAGAAUAUAACGAUCCAAUGGAAGCCAUAGUUUGGCUUAGAAAUGUUAUUGAAAGCAUUGGAAUUACAUUAUUAUUGCAAUAUAGUGUAUUCACAACUAAAAUUAUAUUAAUCUUAUCAAAUGAUCACGAGAAGUUUAAUCAUCAUUUUAAUAAAGCCACAACUUUUUUCAAUUUUCUAUCAGACAAAUUUAGUGAUUAUCGUUUACGUCAAGAUCCGAUUAAUCAAAUAAUUUUAAUGUUUAAUGCAUAUAACCAAUCUCAAAAACUGGAGAAUGAUAAAAAAAAAUUUAUUCGUCUUAGCAAUGUUUUUUUUAAUCGUUUUAUAAACUGUACAAAAUUGGUAAUGAUUCCAGAGGAUGUAUUUAUAACCGGAAUUUUUUAUCAACUCCAACACUGUAAUAUAAUUAAAUUAAAAAUUCCAAAUGUAGAUUUAACAAGUUCUGUUAGCAAAUUGCAGGAUCAGUUCUAUUCCUAUAUAGAACGUCAUGCAGAAAUAUUAAAAGAUUCAGGAAAUACUAAUGGAUUAAAUUUAAAAUUAUCUUUAUGAAUAUCUAAAUACUGGGUUUUUUUUUUUUUUUUUUUUUAUUUAAUAAUUCCAAAUAAUUGUUUUUUUCACGUAUUUGAAGUUAUAUUAAUGUGAAAUGAAAUAAACGUAAAUUUAACUUUACAAUUUUCUUCAAGUGAGCAGCUCAACUGUAUGUUACAACGUUAUAAUUUUUAUAUAAUUACUGAAUAAUAAUUUAUAAUACUCAAUUAAAAUUUCUGUAGUUAAGGCAUUGAUUAUAAAUGAUAUGUCUUAAAUUGUUAUUGAAAGCUUUGGAAUUACAUUAUUAUUGCAAUAUAGUAUAUUCACAGCAAGUACGAUAAAAUACAUACCAAAAGAAUAUGAAAACAAAUAACACGUCUUUUGACGUUAUGUCAGGAAAUUUUUUGUUAAUUUCUAAUUAUAAAUUUCAUCUAAAAAAUCAAACACACAAAUUUUAUUAGUUUUUUUCUAAUUUAAAACUAAAUAAAACAAAGUA